UAAAAUUAUAAAUGGAAGUCACUUCGAUGUUGGGCCUAGCUUCCCUUAAGCGGCGUUAUUCUAACCAAAAUGAUUGUUGUGUUCAGAAUGGUGCUAUUAAAAUGCAGCGGCUUUCAACCACUGUGGAAGAGUCAAUGGACAUUGGCCCAAGUAAAACAGAUGACCAGAUAUUCAGCUCCCACUGUCAGAAUGUGAAUGGUACAUUUUUAUCAUGGGGUCACUAUGAACAGACAAAAAAGAAUCACACAACAGAAUCUGAGAUAUCAAAACCAGAAAAUGACACUAGCUUUUUGGAUGAGAGCACAACUUGGGCUGAUACUGUUAGUCAUAUGAAUGCUACUUCAGCUGUUUCAGUUUCACAUGAGACUGGGAAAGAUAAGAAGCUUUCAGGAUCCAUAAUGUCUGCUGGAGUUAACCACUGGCAAUCUGGUGAUGAUGUUUGUUUAAUUCAACUGAAAGAUAAACAAAGUUGUCCAGAUUGUGCAGCUGGAAAGUCUGGUCAUAUUAGACACAUUGGAAGAUGGAAACUGAUAGAUUCUAUACAAAGCUUUUAGUUAGAUUUUUUAAUCAUUAGUUAAUUGAUUAAAAGGCAGCUUAUUUUUUGUUAUUAUAUUAAUCUAGUUUUAGUUUUGUACAUUUUCGCUGUAAAUAUUGUUUUAUUUGUGCAUAUUAUGAAUAUCAUUGUAAAUAGAAUCUUUAUUUUCACUGGGUUUUUUUUUAUAAUUUUGAUUCAUGUUUUAAAUUUAAUAUUUAAAAACCAUGUUUACUUUUUAAAUUUAAAAACCGGUCAUGAAUUUAGUUUACUUGUAUGUGUUGCUAUCUUUCCAACUUUUGUUGAUGUAUUUUUAUAUACAUUUAUCUUCAAAAUGCGCUGUAUUGGAAAAUAUAUGAUUUUGCUAAGGAUC